UGAAGGGCAUAGAUGAAGAGAGAGAGAGAGAGAGAUGAAGGUGAUGUUUACAGUUACAUUAUUAAGCACCAGUAUUCUGUUUCUACUCUUCUUCCCCAAAAAGAGCAUAAACCCCUCUUCUCCUCCACAACCACUACAGCGAGAUUCCUCUUCCUCCGCCAUGUCCAGGGCGCGAAGCUUUGUUCUGUGGCUUCACGGUCUCGGUGACUCUGGCCCAGCCAACGAACCCAUCAAAACUUUGUUCACUUCUCCCGAAUUCAGAGACACCAAAUGGUCCUUCCCUUCUGCCCCUUCCGCCCCCGUCACUUGCAACUAUGGUUCUGUAAUGCCUUCGUGGUUUGACAUUCUCGAGAUUCCUGUCACAGCUGAAUCUCCCAAUGACGAGAGUAGUUUACUUAAAGCUGUUCAAAAUGUGCAUGCUACUAUAGACAGGGAAAUAGCUGCUGGUGUAAACCCCAAAAAUGUAUUUAUCUGUGGAUUCAGUCAAGGAGGUGCCUUAACCUUGGCUAGUGUUCUACUGUACCCUAAAACUUUAGGUGGAGGUGCAAUCUUUAGUGGUUGGGUUCCGUUCAAUUCUUCUAUUACAGAACAAAUUACGCCCGAGGCAAAGCAGACACCCAUACUAUGGUGCCACGGAAUGGUUGAUAGAACGGUAUUGUUCGAAGCUGGACAUGCAGGUCCCCCCUUCCUUGAAAAAAAUGGUGUUGGUUGUGAGUUUAAGGCUUAUCCUGGUCUUGCCCACUCCAUAAACAAUGAGGAGCUGCGGUAUCUCGAGUCAUGGAUCAAGGCACGCCUACAGAGUUCUUCCCAAUAGUUAUUUCAGCUUGGAAUAAUAUAAUCUAAGUACAUGCUUGUAUUUGUGUAGAUCCCCUGAUCAGUUUAUUUAUACUCGUUUUAUUCAUGGUAACGUUUGCGAAACCCACCCUAUUGAUGUGUUUGGUUGUGAUUCGAAGAUAAAGCACACAAAUCUACGAGCAAACAGAGUUUUGAUAUCUUAAUCUGUAGUUUCUUAAUUCAUGUUAAUUAAUGCAAGUCUCACAUCCAAACCAAAUGGAACAUUUUUCAAAUUUUGAAUGUGAUAUUGACCAUCUGGAUGUGUUUUACAGAAGCUAGUUAUAGCUUCCGCUUAAAAUGACGUUGAAAUAUCAAUUGAUGUAA